AUGAAUGACGAUGGAAUGGAGUCAAGCCAAUGGGAUUACGUUGCUGCCCCGCCAAAGCCCGCGUCCAUGAUCCACUACCGCGGGUCAGAAACACCCCCGGCCGCUCGGGAUGGACGCCGUGUCCCAAAGGCCUCAGCCAGGCUCUCCACCCUGCAAAUUUCUAUUCUCUUUACCGAUGAGAUGGCGGGGGAGGAAAGCUGUACUCCGGGCGUAGAGCUGCUAGAACAGCAAGCUAGCUUUGGCUGGCGUCUUAGCUCAACCCUCACUGCAGAUGUCUCGUCUCGUGGUGGUACAUCUCCGGAUCCUCCCGGUCUAAUCCCGAGGGGCAAUCCAAAUGUCAGUGUACUGUACAGCAACGAAGAGUAG